CUCUCUCUUUGGAUGUGGGUAAUGGAUGCUAUCAAUGAGCUCAGCAAUGUUCCUGUCCCUGUCAUGUUAAUGCCCGAUGACUUUAAAGCCUACAGUAAGAUUAAGGUGGACAAUCAUCUAUUCAACAAGGAAAACUUGCCAAGUCGCUUUAAAUUUAAGGAGUAUUGUCCACUGGUGUUCCGAAACCUCCGGGAGAGAUUUGGGAUUGAUGAUCAAGACUACCAGAACUCGGUGACACGCAGCGCGCCGGUGAACAGUGACAGCCAGGGCCGGUGCGGGGCCCGGUUCCUCACCACCUACGACAGGAGGUUUGUCAUCAAGGCAGUGUCGAGCGAGGAUGUAGCAGAGAUGCACAACAUCUUAAAGAAGUACCAUCAGUUCAUAGUGGAGUGUCAUGGGAACACCCUCCUGCCCCAGUUCCUCGGCAUGUACCGGCUCACCGUGGAUGGAGUGGAAACCUACAUGGUGGUGACCAGAAACGUGUUUAGUCACAGGCUGACUGUGCACAGGAAAUACGACCUGAAGGGCUCAACAGUAUCCAGGGAAGCAAGCGAUAAAGAGAAGGCCAAGGAUCUACCAACGUUCAAGGACAACGACUUCUUGAAUGAGGGCCAGAAGCUGCAUGUUGGAGAAGAGAGUAAAAAGAACUUCCUUGAGAAGCUGAAGCGGGAUGUGGAGUUUUUAGCUCAGCUGAAGAUUAUGGACUACAGCUUGCUGGUUGGGAUCCACGAUGUUGACCGAGCAGAGCAGGAAGAGAUGGAAGUGGAGGAUCGGGCAGAGGAUGAGGAGUGUGAGAACGAUGGGCUGGGAGGCAACCCCAUCUCCUCCUAUGGCACCCCCCCCGACAGCCCUGGCAACCUCCUCAACUACCCUCGUUUCUUUGGGCCUGGGGAGUUCGAUCCCUCUGUCGACGUCUACGCCAUGAAAAGCCACGAAAGUGCCCCCAGGAAGGAAGUGUACUUCAUGGCCAUUAUAGACAUUCUUACGCCAUAUGAUGCGAAGAAGAAAGCUGCACAUGCUGCCAAAACAGUGAAACAUGGGGCUGGGGCAGAGAUCUCCACCGUGAAUCCAGAGCAGUACUCUAAACGCUUCAAUGAAUUUAUCUCCAAUAUCCUGACAUAG